UUUCUUCUUUGAGAACUGUACGUACAACUCCCCAAGGCUCUUCAUAUAUUUCUAUACGUACUCCAGUGCCUCUUCCUCAGUGACUAUGCUUAACUUCUGAAACAAAGAAGAAAAAGAGUCAAAACUAUGGGGUGUUUGUGUUCUUUGCUGUUACCUGGCUUUCUUUUUCUAAUUUCAGUGCUCCAUGAUGUGGUUGAUGGUCAGCCUUUGGUUCCUGCGAUGUUCAUAUUUGGAGACUCCGUUGUGGAUGUGGGUAAUAAUAACCACCUCCUCACCUUAGUCAAAUCCAAUUUCCCUCCUUAUGGAAGAGACUUUGUCAAUCACAAUCCAACUGGCAGAUUUUGCAAUGGAAAGCUUGCUUCAGACUUCACGGCUGAAAACCUUGGUUUUGCUUCUUACCAACCAGCUUAUCUUAGCGGAGAAGCCACUGGAAAAAACCUCUUAAUUGGUGCCAACUUUGCUUCAGCUGGUUCUGGCUAUUAUGAAGCUACGGCAAAGUUAUUUAAUGCAAUUUCACUGAGCCAGCAGGUGGAGUACUACAAGGAAUAUCAAAAUAAGGUGGUAGGAAUCGGAGGAAAAGUGAAUACUACAUCAAUCAUAUCGGAUGCAAUAUACCUUGUUAGUGCUGGGAGCAGUGAUUUUGUUCAGAACUACUACGUCAAUCCUCUUGUGAACAAGGUCUAUACGAUAGACCAGUUCUCCAACAUUCUCAUGCAAUCCUAUGCAAACUUCAUACAGAAUCUAUACGCCUUGGGGGCAAGGAGAAUCGGAGUGACCACCCUGCCACCACUUGGAUGUCUGCCGGCGGCCAUCACACUAUUCGGAUUGGGCGACAACGAGUGCGUGGCUAAGCUUAAUGUCGAUGCAGUCUCAUUUAACAACAAGCUAAACGUGACAUCUCAGAACUUGCAAACUAAGAUGCCCGGACUCAAGUUGGUCGUUUUCGACAUCUACCAGUUUCUCUACAACCUCGUUAUGAAUCCUGCAGACAAUGGAUUCGCUGAGAAAAGGAGGGGUUGUUGUGGAACGGGGUUGCUUGAAACAUCAAUACUAUGCAAUGCCAAGUCCAUUAGUACAUGCGCUAAUGCGUCACAGUAUGUGUUCUGGGAUGGGUUUCAUCCUUCGGAGGCCGCUAACAGAAUUCUAGCAGAUGAUUUGCUCAGUAGUGGCAUCUCCCUCAUCUUCUAAACCAAAAACUGAAGUUGGAAUAAAUUAGUGUUUACCUUUUAUCUUGCUGAUUUAAUUUUGGUAUUGGUGUGCUUUUAUUAUUACUCAUUUUGUUAUUUGUUAUAUUUUUGAUAUUGGUGUUGGUGGUAUGCUGUAUGCGUGAUUGCGUGAAUGUGUGAGUAUUAUAAGAUCAGCUUGA